AGGUUGCUUUUUCCAUUAUCCCAGAGGUUUUCUAGCCUCAUGAAGGCUUUGGUGGCUGCUCCAGGAGUUAAACUCUGUUUGUUCUCCACAAAAUGAGUUUCGGUCAUCAUUUUCUUUUUCUUCAAGCAAAAGGAAGGUGUUUGUAUGUGGCUCCUGUCCAGCCUUUUAAAUAACAUUUUGUAGACUCUGGGAGAUCUGCAGAAACCAGCCUUCUCAUGCAGUGUAGCUUUUUGGAUGCAGGAGUUUGUCUGCUUUACAGCAGCUGCACACAGUGUAGCGUUAACAUCUGUAAGACAGGACAAACACUGAGGCAGCAAGCUAGUACAAAACGUGGACAAGUUGAGAAGAAACUCUUCUUUCCAUCUCCUUCCUUUUCCUCUUGCUUUGUGCUGCUGUUGGAACAAGAAUGGGUCAACUGUGUGGACGAUGCAUGCAGCUGCUGCAGGGCUUCGUGGCCUUUGUUCAGAGGAUGUCCUCCGAGUUGGUGCACUGUAUCAAGGAAUGCUUGACUCUGAUAAGCAAAUGCUCCUGCUUAAAACAAAACAGCUCUAAAGUCAGACAGCUGUACAAGCCCAUCCUGCAACCUCAUGAGAGGGUGACAGCACAGGAGUUUCUGCAGCACAUUGAGGCAGGUUUUGAAAUGUCACCACUUGGAAAGGACCCUCUGGAAGCCUUGAGGACCUUAGCCUUUUCAGAAAACCCAGGUUUACAGCAGUCUGCUGCCCUCUAUUACUUGCAUAUGAGUCAGCACAUGAACACCCCCCUGCCUGUGGAGCAUCUGGAACCCUUCUAUGCCUUAUUACGGUCUGCUGACCUGGAGGUGCAGCAGAUGUCUUCCUUGUCCCUUGUCAGCUUCUUGCUGGAAGGAAAUAUUGACAAAGAAUUAGUUGUCCAAAUGGGUUUACUUGAGCCAAUUCUGGAUCUCCUUGAGUCAGAGGAUCCCACUGUCCAGUGUAAUUCCUGUGCCUGCAUCAUGACUUUGGCUGUUUCAGAGUCCAACCGAGAGGCUAUUGGCGCAGCUCAAGGAGUUACACCCCUACUGUCUCUUGCCAAUUCCUAUGAUCCUAGAGUCCAACAAAAUGCAGUUGGUGCUAUUCUCAACCUCACACAAUCAGAGAAAAUCCAACAGGUCCUAUGCAAGGAAGGAGCCCUACCAGUUCUUGCUUUGCUGCUGGAAUCUCCUGACUCAGAAGUGCAGUAUUACAGCUGUGCUGCCCUAAGCAACGUGGCAGCCAAUGCUCAGCACCAUGAAGCCAUGCUGAGACCUGGCAACAGAUUCCUGCUGCGGACACUCAUCUCUCUCCUAUCCUCUUCUGUGGACAAGCAGGUUUCAAGCCAGGCAUGCGUUUGCCUAAGAAAUUUGGCUACCAGUGCAGACAUCCAGGCCGAGAUGCUUGCUGAGGAUGUCCUGCCCAAGCUGCGCUCUCUCCUGGCAUCCCGCAAUGAGGAUGUGCGUCGUGCCUCCAUCGCCCUGCUCUGGAUACUGUCCCAGCACACACACAACCAGGACACGCUGGCAUGUGCUGAGCUAAUACAGAGCCUGGGAAUGCUACUGUCAGUGCAUAAAGCAGACCCUGUGAUUGUUGGUCAUGCUGCUUGUAUCAUCAAAAACUUGAGCCUUUCCAAAAACAGACAGAGAAUCACUGAGAGCCCAUGUGUUGAAGGUCUCCUUCAGACCAUGCUUUCUACUGACAUUCAAGAAGACUCCCUUCAUUAUGUGACAUCUUGUCUUGCUGAGCUGGCAAAGGAAGAAGGAGCCACGUUACGCAUGGUCCAACGGAUGGAUGAGCCCUUGACAAAGUGCUUGGUGAGACUGGCUGGCCAACUGGAACAUACUGAGGCAUCCUUUCAAGCUGCCUCCAUCAUCCAGCACAUGACAGGUCACGAAAAAAUUAUGCUUUUGUUGAAGCGCCACGUCAGAGAGAUUCAGGCCUACCUCAAGAACUUUCUUGCUCACCGAGAGAUCCGCUUUCAGCAGCUGGGCAUCUCUACGUUCUGCAGACUGCGAGAAGAUCCAGAAUUCUCAUUAGCAUUCAGAAAAAGCCAAAUGGCCAAACUCCUUGAGCAAGUCCGUCAACAAACAGAAGAAACUCAAGAGCUCCUCAGGGCAGCUAUUUGCCACGAAGACAGUUAAUAUUUAAGCCAGGUGGCUUAUGAAGACUUAACAGAUCCAAGAGCCUGGACUUUCAGAGAAGACAACUGUAGUUACAAGUUUUCCUGCUACUCGCAUUUUCAUCAUAGAAAAGAGAUGUUCCGAUAACAAGAAUCGGAGCAGGUCAAAAGACAGUCCCCUUGAACACUUUGGCUGCCUGCUUAAGUGUGCUUGAGGACUACAGCUACAUUCCUUCCAACAGUUUGGAAAACACCUGAUAUGCUUGGGUAGCUUCCCAUGGUUUGUUUUUUGUUUCCUCACCUCCCCUCUCCAGAAGAACAGCGCUGUAUUCCUGAAGUUUUAUUCCCGUAACAGGCCAAUUCUACUGAAGAGCCAUCUCUCAAGUACACAGGUCACUCCGCGUUCAUCCUUGUUUCUGUUCCAUGUCCCUUACUUCAGAGCAGGCUCCAGGGAUGUGACUUCAGAAAAUAAUUGAAUUAACAUGUAGUAUAAAGGUAGCAAACCACUAACAGGUUACUACAGGAAGUAACUGCUGAGGCACAACUCAGAAGUUGCAAGAAAUUUGUAAGAAACAAGAAUAGGACAAGCCUUAAAGCUGGUCCUUGCCUACACUGUAGGCACUGCUCGCCAGCGGAAGAGCAAAGGCACAUUGAGGCAGGUAGAUGGUGCACAGAGCACGUUCAGAAAGUAGCAGCUACCGUGAAAGAUUUGGGCGACAUGUGUUUGAAUGCUGAAAUCUGUAUUCUGCAAGUGGUAAAUUAUUUCCAAAAAUACUUGCAACAGGGAAAAAGUGAACAUAUUUGGCAAAAUUAGGAACUGACCUUAUAUUUUGAUAUUGAUAUUUCAUUUUAAAUGCACAAAAAAGUAGUAAUAUGUUUAAAUUCAACUAAUUUUCUUACGUGUACAUAGGAUACUGAACAACCUCCCCUUCCCUCUCCUCCAGAGGGAAAGAGUCUGUCUCGUAGACCUUUUAGCCAAUCUAAACCAUAUUUUUCCAGGAAAAAAAAAGUAGCACAGACCCUUAAAGCAGCACUAGUUUUUUAAUGUAGGUUUUAAUUCAUAAGAGAAUAGUAAUCUAAUAAUCAUCAUCAUCUAUUUGUAAUCCAGUUCCACCUUUGAUCAAUACAUUUGUUUUUAAAUACCAGUAUCCUCCUAGAACUCCAUAUUGAACUGGCUGGAAUACUGAAAUUUUGGAACCACUCUUAGGGCAAACAUCUGCUCCCAGAUAGCACAGUUUCUUAUGAAAACAGUUCAGAAGAGUUUCCUGUCUUUUGAGGUACUUCGGACCAUGGUAUAACUCUUACACGCAUGUAGAGCUUUAGAGCUGCUAUUGGCUACAAACAUGGAAUAAAAAUGAGAUUAAAAAAAAAUAAAAAAAAAUAAAAAAAAUCGUUCUGUCAACUAAGAGCUCAACAUUAUAUUUUACUGUGGCCCAAAUCUCUAAGCUUAGUUUUGGUGCUUGGGGGAGGUAUUUUUGUUAAUGAUUCGUUUUAAUGACUGCAGAUUCUCUCCAGUAGUACUGUUUGAAAAAACCCCACACUCAAAAGCCUCUCUGCAGCACAGUAAAAAGACCUGUUAAAAAACAGGUCAGACAGAGACUUCAGGUAAAGCAGUGUGGCAUUUUCAAUAUUCAUGUGUGACAGGAAUUUUCUUUUGAAAUCUCAUGUGAAAGACCCACGUGCUCAGCUGUGGGCAGUGGAGCUUAUUAAAACAGAGGCCUACAGAGAGCUGAACGACACAGCUAGGAACAAAAUCAGAAAAUCUCAAACUUCGCGCCACCUGCUUGGGUGACUUUAGAUCAUUUUCCACAACGAAAAUCAGUGCAAUAUUAAGUAACAACAUUAGAAUCUGUCCUGUAUCUGUAUUCUUAGGUAUUUCAUUACAAAUAUUAUUUCAAGGUUUUAGCAAGAAAGAAAACAACAAAGCAUUCUUCAUCCGGAAUGAGGAGAUAAGAGACCUGUGAAACAAGCAAAGCUAGUGAAUAACAUUGUAACGUACUGAACUAAUCUCGCUGAACGUCCCCCCUGUAAGCAUUUAUGUUGUGCCGUUAAGAUGUGAGCAAGGACUGAGUCCUUCCAGAGGCCAGCCUAGCUGCUCUGGGAGGUUUCUGCUCCCUACCUUCAGAACAGCUGUCUGCCGCUUCUGCAAUUGCUGCUUCUACCUCACUGAACAGUUAACUGUGCCUUCCCCUAAUACAAACAAAAACAGUUGCAAGAGCCGGCAAAGGAGCUGGCCUUCAUUUGAUACCGUAUUUGAUGGUCAGGAACAACAUUCAACAGAAAAGAAACAAUUUUUCCCUGCAUUUAAAGAAAUGGGCUUAACCAAAGACUUAAAAGUUUCCAUCCUUUUCAUGUUUUUUAGUUCUGGUUUUUGUUUUGUUUGGUUUUUGGUUUUUUUGCAUGUGUUUUGUUUGGUUUUUUUUGUUUUGUUUUGUUUUGUUUUUUUUAAUUCAUACACCUAGUUCUACUCCCAAUUCCCUAGUUUUUUGUUUGCAUGUUGGGCCCUUGGCCAGGAGGAAAUUUUCUCUCUCAUUUGAAGCAAACCUGGAAUGAAUAUAAUUAUAAAUUUGUUUUACUGCAGUCCUGUUCAAAAAACCAACCAACCAAAACACACAUGAGAAAUGAAGCAGGUUCUUCACCUGUGCUGCAAACAGUGAAGCAAGCGUUCUGAAGUCUCACAAACACCAGAUCAGCAUAAUUUAUACCCGAGCCUAAAUAGAUCAAAAUCAACAUCAUUUAAACCUGAGCCUAAAGGAAUCGUCAACUUAAAAUUGAAGCAAAAUCUUACUGGCUUUUUCUUUGCUCUGUUUCUAGCUGCAAAUGAGGCUGUAUUAA